UAUAUUGACACUAUCUAGUUUUGCUUUAUAGAGGCUGUUUUGAUUUCUUGUUUUGCUGUCGUACUGGAAAAACCGCGCUCCAAAUUCGUGAACCCUCGACGAAUUUUGGGAUAUCCGGGCUCUGGAGCGGGAACGAAUUGGGUGACCACCUAAAGCCGAUCCAGUACAAUACCAGCGAGCUCCUGAAGUGGAGGAAUGAGAAUAGUAGGAUUAACCGGAGGAAUCUCGUCCGGGAAGAGCACCGUCUCCAAUCUUUUCAAGUCCCAUGGUGUUCCCGUCGUCGACGCCGACGUCGUUGCUCGGGUGAUUCUUGGUGGUAAGUUCUUGCCAUUGAUCAAUGUGCUUACAGCUUACCUAGUGGAUGUUCUGAAGAAGGGCACCGGAGGCCACAAAAGAGUUGUUGAUGCAUUUGGAGAAGAUAUUUUGCUACCCAAUGGAGAAGUUGAUAGGGCUAAGCUUGGCCACAUUGUUUUCUCGGAUCCUGGAAAGCGCCAGCUUCUUAACAGGUUAUUGGCUCCCUACAUAUCCUCUGGGAUCUUUUGUGAAGUUCUCAAGCUAUGGCUAAAAGGUAACAAGGUUAUUGUUCUUGAUGUUCCUCUGUUGUUUGAGGCGAAGAUGGAUAGGUGGACAGAGCCCACUGUUGUCGUAUGGGUGGAUCCGGAGACGCAGUUACAACGGCUUAUGGCAAGAGAUAGCAGUAACGAGGAGGAUGCUCGAAAUAGGAUAAAUGCUCAAAUGUCCUUGGAUCAGAAACGGUCGAGGGCGGACAUUGUGAUUGACAACACUGGUUCAUUAGAGGAUCUAGAAGAAAAUCUUAGGAUGGUUCUAGUUCAAGUCACGAGGCCAUUGACGUGGACCGAGUUCUGGCUCUCAAGACAAGGAGCUCUCAUAUCUCUGUUUGCCAUUGUCAUUGGAGUAGUUGUUGGCAAAAAGAUUUCUAAGGUAUCAUUAUAAAGAAACCUCAUAUGACCAGUUUGAUUUGCACUUUAAACCGGCCUUGCCAGAGAUAGUAAAAGCUAGUGACCCAGUGUUGCACGAACCAGCUCGUGUAGCUGACCCAGGGGAAAUCAGUUCGGAAAGGAUACAGAAGAUCAUUGAUGACAUGGUUAAGGUUAUGAGGUUAGCUCCAGGAGUUGAGCUGGCUGCUCCCCAGAUUGGAAUCCCGCUGAGGAUAAUAGUAUUGGAAGAUACACAAGAAUAUAUUAGCUAUGUACCAGAAGAAGAGACUAAAGCACAGGAUAGGCGACCAUUUGACCUUCUGUGUUUGAUGGAUUCAGGGCUUUGGUGGAGCGUAGUCUGGAAGUCGAGGUUACAGGGUUGAGCCGUGAUGGUGCACCCAUCAAGGUUGAAGCCUCCGGGUGGCAGGCUGGUAUCUUACAGAACAGCACGAAUGUGAUCAUCUGGAUGGAACGCUUUAUGUGGAUAAGAUGGCUGAAAGCGAGCGAAAGGCGUUCGCCAGUAGGUCCAAUCCCAUCAACAUUCACCUGAAAGCGAGCGAAAUGCUGUCGAAACCCUGUUGAGAGGAACAAAGUAUCCGACUCCUGGUUCAUGUGCUGGUCCAUAUUAUUCUUGCUUUUAUUCAGACCAAACGUCAAUUUUGCCGGUGCAAAGAUAGCUGAUCUCUGUAGUAUAAUUUACAAUCCUUUAAAGUAGCAAAUGUCGCCUACAUAUUAUUCCUUUACAACUAAUACACUUAUACACAAGCUGUAAACAAAAUCGAAUGCUUUGAUAAGUUGGUUCCGAGUUCAUCUUCUGAACGGAGAUCGGGAUCUUUUGUUGGGCAUAAUACCUCCGCCGCCACCGCCGCCUUCAUUCCUGCCAUCCCAAGCUGAGUACCAGAAGAAUAGAGACAUCCAUACAAAUACCGCAAAGAAUAUCCGAACCCUUUCCUGGAAUCCAGAUAUACCCUCCACUAAACCUCCGAGCGUCAGCGGCUCCUUAUCGGGAGGCGGGUCGGAUUGCGGCGGCAGCUGAGCGAACAGGCGGCGGCGGCGGGUACGGCGAAGGUGUGGGUAUGGGUAUGGGGUGGGGUUUGUGCAGCCUCCAAUGAAACGAGAAGAAGAAUCACUCUUUAAAAUAGGAAGAUGAUGAUAAUAAUAAUAAGAAGAAGAGGACGGAAAUAGAAUUUGGGUAUGAAACUCCGGAAUCGCUGGCGAACGGCAGCGUUGGCUUGGGUUGCUGCCGGAACAGCUGCCGCUGGUCCAGAAGCAGCGCGCAGCCAUCUCUUUCUUUGGUGGGAAUGGGAAC